UGGUCAUCACUCCGCGUCUGUUUUGUUUUGUGCUGAUUAGAGAAGUUAGCGGGCUGAGGUGUUUAAAACACGUACAAAAAGAGCGGUUCGUAGUAUUUAAACAGUACCUUAUAGCCUGCAGACUGCAAGAACGAAGGGAAACCGUCUAACCAGCUGAGUCCAGCGAUGUGAAAUGGCCUAACGGAGCUGACAGUGUCGCUGAAAUGACAAAAUAAUGUAUCUUGAAUGACUUGCUAAAGCUGACUAGACUACACAGCUGAGCUGAGCUGAGCGCCGCGCUGCAGCGUCUGACCAACACACUGUGUUAGUCAGGUUAACUGCCACUGUAUUCAGAAGUGGCUCUCUAAAAUUAAACACCAUCAUAUAAGGGGAAAAUUACACCAUGGGUGCUGAACAAAGUGGAGAUGCUGAGCAUAAGCACUCAGACUACAACUCUUCAGUUGUCCCUUCACCAGCUAAGCACAGAGCGAAAAUGGACGACAUAGUGGUUGUUGCUCAAGGAACACAGUCGUUACGCAACAUCCAUAAUGAUCCUGAUGUCAUCAAGCUUCAAGAGAUCCCCACCUUUCAGCCUCUUCUGAAGGGUGUUCUGAGUGGGCAGACUUCACCCAGCACGGUGUCUGUGGAGAAGCUGGACUCAGUGCAGGUGCUGCAGCUCUGCGUGCGCUACCAGGACCACCUUCACCAGUGUGCCGAGGCUGUGGCCUUUGACCAGAACGCUCUGGUGAAAAGGAUCAAAGAGAUGGACCUGUCGGUGGAGACGCUCUUCAGCAUCAUGCAGGACAGACAGAAGCGCUAUGCUAAAUACGCAGAGCAGAUCCAGAAGGUGAACGAGAUGUCCAUGAUUUUGCGGCGGAUCCAGAUGGGCAUCGACCAGACCGUGCCUCUGAUGGAGCGGCUCAACAACCUGCUGCCUGAGAGCGAACGGCUGGAGCCCUUCAGCAUGAAGCCAGAUGGAGAACUCAAGUAGAACAGUACUGGACGCUUGGUCCAGAAUGUGCAGCCGCCUUCUGGGCUAGAGAGCACCGCUAAGACAUUUAUUGUGGAUUUUCAAUGAAGGCUGUGAGUUGAGUGUACUGGCUGCAUGCUUUGUUUGCCUGGACCUGGAGUCAUUUCACUGUUAAAGACUUUAACUUGUACGUAAAGGUACAGUGAAAAUGUGAGACUUGAAAUGUGGGUGAAUGUCAAGAACAAUUAGAAAGUCUUGUGUAAAUAAAAAUGAAAGGCUUAAUAAUAUUAAUCUUUUAAAUACUAUUACAGUUAGAGGCUCAGAGGCUUUUUCCAGUCGAAUCUGAUUUUGUUCUGUUAUGUUUACAUGUCAGUAUCUUUGGACUGCAAGCUAAAAUGAUCUUGGCUUCUCUUGAGGUUGUGAUGUCUACAGGAAAAAUACAAUUUGCUACAAAAACAUCAUAAAAGGUAGUAAAAUGUAGAAAAUACUUACCACACAGUUGUUACUUUCCAGGAUUCCAGUGAACAAAUAAAAUCUUUUGGACUGUGACAAAA